CGGGGCCGCGCGGCGGUGACGGGAGCGGCGGCGGCGGCGGGGCCGGCGCUGGCGGAGGCGAAAUGGCGGCGGGCGCUGAGGGAGACCGACAGGUAUUUUGAGCUGGCUUUCAUUGGAUACUAAGAUUAGUAAAAUCAUGGAUACGUACGCAAGGGCUCAGGGCAGUCGAAUGAAACCAAGAACAUCUGUAAAAAAGAGUUUUGGUGAAGGUGUUCUGCAGUCUAUGAAGUCACUGCUACACAGCAGGAAAGAGUUAUGCAGUAUAUCAGCAGAUGAAUGUGUAAAUCAGGAAGAACAAGAUCAUUUUAUUGAGAUCACAUUUAUAGGUUUUGCUGAAGAGAUGGGUACUGCACAUUUGCAGGAGUUGGCAGCUGUUUCUGCAGAGCUUCCAGAUGUUCUGAAAUCGCUUCAGUUGUGCAAACUAAAAGAAAAUGAGGUUGUUUUUCUAAAAGAUGUAAAGAAGACCUUGGUGAAACCUUGUGACACAAAACACUGGAAUCAACUUCCUGAAGUGCUUUGUGUGAUGCGACUGUCUCCUUCAUUCCCAAGGAUCAAAGCAGAUUAUGUGUUUACCUUGCUGAGCAAGUAUACCACAGGUGUAAGAUACGCAACUGAAAAAAAGUCAUUGCAAAAACAUCGAACAGAGACAUCCCGUACAGAAGAUGAUGAUACUAAUCAGUCAGUCUCUUCAAUUGAGGAUGAUUUUGUCACUGCUUUUGAGCAGUUAGAUGAAGAUGAACCUUCAAAGAUGCAAAGUGUUGGUACGUGCAGCUUUAGUUCUCGAAACCAUCGAGAUGCUGCUUCACAGACCAUCCCUGCUCAAUGUUUAGAAGCUGUUGACUCAAAGAUCUCUGUGGGUUCUGUACGUCGAAAGUCAUCUGCAAGAUCUUCUGCUUUGAUUGAUAUUUUGGGACUUAAGGAACUGUCUUCAGUAAAAAAUUCAGUUACAACCUCAAUUUCUGAUCCUUGGAUACAAAGGAGUUUCUAUAAGCCAUAUAAUCCUUCUGAUCAAGGUGUUAAUUUCUUAUGUAAAACAUUGUUUUCCUCUUCUCCAGCUGAAUCCUCUGAGUCAGAUUGCUCCAGCCCAAGUCCCAUUAUCUUCUUAGAUGAAGAAGGAUAUCAGAAAAGUUUGAAGGCAAAGCUCCAGCUGCCAAAAAUUCCAGUAGUGAAAGAUGGUAUAGAGGAUUCAGACUCAGAAGUUAGUGAAUUUUUUGAUAGUUUUGAUCAGUUUGAUGAACUAGAACAGACCCUGGAAAAGUCUGGUAAAGCUAUUAGGGAUCCCAUCCUAGGGAAUCCCUCCCAGAAAAGGAGGACUGUCCACGAACAACUGUGUUCUACAAGCAUUACAAUGAAUCCUCAGAAAUUCAAAUUUGAUCGUCCUACUCUUCCAGCCAAUGUAAAGAAACCAACUCCUCGCAAACCAGAAUCGCCAUAUAGUAGUGUUUUUGAUGUCCCAGAUUCCCCUCGCCCAGUUAAAACAUCAGGGGAAGAGAAUGGAGGCUUGUUCAGUCCUAUUAGAUCAUCGGCUUUCAGUCCGCUAGGGAGCUGUGGUUCUUCUGAAUGCUUAUGUCGUAUGAAUCUUGGUGGAGAUGAGGCAGGUCAAAACCACCCUGAUGCACUUUAUAAUACUUACUCAGAAUAUGCUGAUAGUGUUUCAUUUGAAAUAUUGGGUUCUGUUUUUCAUUCUGACCCUUCAUCAGAACAAAUAUGUGCAGGAAAUGAUUCCAAAUGCAACAGGAUUGCUAUGAAAGAAGAAGGUCAAGCUACAGAUCUCAAAAUUAAAACUAGCAAGGAGCCAGAUAAACAAGCAAAAUCUAAGUAUAAAUCAUCAAUAAUUCGAGAUAGCAUUCAAAAAUUUGCGGCUGAGUUAGUUGAAAAAAGUUUUGGCAGUGCUUUUAAGGACCUGCAAAAAGGUGUUUCUUCAUGCACCAAUGCACUUUGUCACUUGGCUGCUAGGUUGACUUCUUCGGUCUUUCAAAUGGCUUUCUAUGAGAUUGGAAGACGUAGAGCAAUCUCCCUGAAGGAGCGUGCUAUUAAUGGGCUAGCAAACCUUUUGGUGAGCGAAGCUAUAACUGGUGCUUUGAAAGAACUGCGGCAUGUGAAGAAGCAAAUAUUUACCAAUACCGUUGCACGGUUUGCCGCAGACCUUGCUGAAGAACUUGUGUUUGAAGGAAUCAUGGAAGUAUGCCAGUUUUCAUACCCCUCGACACCUACAGUUGCACAGCCUUCUUCAUUUGAUUAUGAAGACAAGGUGGUAAGAUCCUAUGCCAGAGAUCUGUCUGAAUCUGUCAUUCAGGAGGCUUUUAUUGAGCUAUCCCAGGUUGAUGUGACCUUCACGACACAAGCAGCCAUUAGUGUUUCCAUGGACAACAUUAAAUAUGUGAGUGCAGAGAGUAUGUUAGAGUCAACACGGACUUCCACAUUUUUGCCUGAUUUUAAUGACAGGGUAGCACUGAAUACAGCCCAAGAUUCCAAUAAAGAAUAUACAGUACAACAAGCGCUGUUUUGUACCUCCGGUGUUGUAAGUUCAAUACCUGUGCCCUUAGCUGGAAGAGCUCUUUGUCAACAUGAGUUUUCCUCUGAUGCUUAUAAAGCAAAAGUAAGCACUGCUCUGAAUUCUGAUAACAAUAUGAAAGUGUACAAAGACUGCUCUCACCCAUUUUUCACAAGCAGAAAGAGAGAGGAGGAAGUCUCUUCCUUCAGAAAUAUAUACCUAACUUCAGAUCAGAAUCAAAGUACUGAAAAUAAUCCAUCACUCUUACGUAACCAAAAUGAUACCAAACAAGCAAGUGAUGUGUCUGGAAUAAGCAGUAAUUCAGAAUUCACAAGUGAGUCAAAAAGCAUUAAUAGUUUCUCUGGAACUAUGGUAGAUAUGAUAGUAAAUGAGGCUUAUGAAGCCAUAACCUCAUCUCGGGUAACAAAAGCAGUAGAAGAGUACAGGGAGUUUUUGUCAAGAAAAAUAGUAGAUAAAAAAACGUAUGUGCAAUGUACUGGUGAAGAUGUCCCCAAGAAUAUGUUUGCAGAUCAUUUGGCCAAAUAUAUCAUAAAACAAUCUGUGGAUGAAAGUAAAACUGUGUUAUGCAACACUAGUGAGAAUUUUUCGUGUAACGUGGGCCCACAGACUUAUGCAGAUACUAGUAGAAAAGAACAAUGUGUGAUAAAGAAGCAAGAUGCUGAGAAACCAAGUAAUGCUUCUAUAGUUGUUGAACAACAGCAGAUGCCUUUGAAUAAUCCCUCUAAAUUUCUUCUUACUCCAGCUAAUUCAGUUCAGUGUGUUUCAGAAUCUAAAGAUUGUUGGCAGGAACAAAAAGGACACAGGUAUUCAAAAUCGCCACCGCCUUGUUCCACCGUGACUUUUGCUAGGCAUGUUCUAGAGGACUUCACUGAUGCAGGAAGCUGCUCAAUGACACACUUAAACAAGCCCUCAAAAAAUCACGAUAUUCAAAAACCACCAGCAGGACCUUUGACUUACAGGCAAGCUGAUUGCUUUCCGCAUGCAAAUAGCUUUUCUUCAGUGAUCUUUGGCAGUGAAGAUGCUUUGCAGAUGGCUGACAAGUCUAGUAUCAAAGAUGGAAAUACCAGUGUAAUGCCUGAUACGCCCCCACCAACUCCUUUAGUACCAUGUCAAGGUAGUUCAGAAAGAAACCUAAGAAAACUAUCAAAGAAACUCAAGGGAGAAUUAGCAAAGGAAUUUGCACCUGCGACACCACCUUCUACACCAUACAAUCCAUCUGUUGCAGGUUUGUCUGAAACUGAACACAGCUCUUUGGAAAAGGAGGAAUUUAUGCUGAAACUCAUGCGGUCACUUUCUGAAGAAGUAGAAAGUAGUGAAGAUGAAGAUCAUUCUGAAAAGGUCGCUGAGAAUGAGGAAUGUUCAGAAAAAACUAUUCAGUAUGCAGAUAACUUAGCAAGUCAGAUAAUUUCAGUGGCAACUGAAAUGGCUGCUUCCCAUUUAGAUGAUAAAACAAAUGAAAGAGAAGCUGAUAGACAGGUUCAGUUAAGUACACAAAACAAAAUAUGUGGAUAUCCAGCAUUUAUAAAUACCCCAGAAGAAACAUGCAGCUCUUUAUGGAAUUAUGCAGGUGAUAUGGCAGGAAAAGUAAUCAGUGAAGCCAAGAAAAUGGUGAAAUCAAGGCAUUGUAAACUGCUGAGACUGAAGCGGGUUAACUGUCAAGUGGAUUGCCUUUAUGUGAGAAAAGAUGAUAAAGAUUCUAUUUCAAAGGAGUGGUGUGGUCCGGCACGGGACCAGUGUCUUGGUGAGAGAGAUUCCUCUGUACUUUCUUUACCACAAGGUUCAGGCACGAUGGGUUUGACUUCCAAGUACCCAAGCUGUGAAAGUGUGACGGAUGAAUAUGCAGAUCAUAUUAUUCGUAUUUUGAAAAGAGAAGGUGGUAACCCUGAACUGUUGAUGGAUCAGUAUGCUAGCAGACUUGCUUACAGGUCCAUCAAGUCAGGCCUACGGCAAGCUGCUAGGAAAACGAAGUUGAGAUGCAACAGAAUGACGUUUCCUGGGCAAAAUGCACAGGUAAAUGGUAAACUGGAGCUGAUCAAAACAGCGAAUAAAGAUGCAGCACAGCAAGUGAAAAGCAGCAUUCAUCACUGUGAGGAGCAAACUUACGAAAGGAGUAUCAGCACGCAGAAAACAGAUUGCACUGGAUUGUUACACUUUUCAGAAUCUCUUGCUUGCAACAUAACUAGCGAUGUCAGGAAGAAAUUGAAAAUAUCAGGAGCAUGUUUACCAAAAUCUCUGACAGAUUCCUGUCUAUAUGAAAAGACUGAACUUGAGGAAGUCACAGGAGAUCUUAUUAAAACAAGAGUUUCUAGAACGCUUCUUCCUUUCUCCCACAGUCAUAAACUGUAUCAUAGUACGGGCAGUUUAAAUGAAAAUGGCUACAGUGAAGGCAUAAUUCAAGCUAUAGAACAAUAUGCUAGGAAAGUAGCAGAUGAUACUCUAGAAAUGAGUUUAGAAUCUGCUGUUCUCCAGGUGGCUGAAAACAGAAAAAGUAGGGAUAGGCUUUCAUAUACGGACAAACUGUCUCCUUUCUCUGGAACUGUGUGUAGAUGCUGCAGUAUGAAGGAACAUCAGUGCUGUACUGAAAGUGCAUCUCAUCACUUACCUGCGCAAAGUUCCUCCUUUCCAGUGAGGCAUUUUCUUCAUUCGAGAUUGGGUGGUGUCUGCCAAAAACCAAGAGUCUUUCAUCUUGAUAUUCCAAAAAUUCACGUUGAUGCAGAACAGAAGACAGUGUUUUCUGACAAGGUGGCUCCUGCGGCUGUUGAGAAAGCAGAGGGAGAGCUGAGUUACACAAGCGUGACAGCUGACAGCGGUAUUGGACAAGAUGGAGUCAGUUUUGCUGAAAGCCUUACAACUGAAAUAAUGACCUCAGCUAUGACUAAUAUUGGUCAGGCAGUUAACAUAAGCUCUGCUGGAAGGGAAGGAUUUCACUCUGUUGAAUCUAUCGUUAGCCAGCAGAUGAGCCUAAGUAUCGGUGAUGAUAGCACUGGCAGUUGGUCCAAUCUAAGUUUUGAAGAUGAACAUCUUGAUGAGAGCAGCAGUUUUCUUCAUCUCAGUGACAGUUCAGCUGUGUUCUCUUCUUCUCCUGGCAGUAAUGGUAACAGCAGUAGCUGGAGCAGUCUUGGUUUAGAAGGAGAUAUGUAUGAGGAGAAUUUAUCCUUUCCAACAUCAGACAGUGAUGGAACAGAUGAUAAAGAUGAAGACACCAAGGAUGCUGUAGAAGGUUUGGAGCAAGUAAAAAAGACUUUAGCCAUAGUAAAUAUUGAUCUGGAACCAAAUCUAGUGGACCCCCAGCUCAGAGCAGCACUCCAGUGGCUGGCAGCUUCUGAAACAGACGUGUCCGAUCUUCACUUUCAUGACACUGCUACUGGAGAAUUUGUCCUUCUUUCCAGAAGACUGCGAGAAAGGGAUUGGAAAGUGGGAGAUCUCUUGCAAGCAGUGUUGAAGUACUGUGAAAUGAUAGAGAAGGCAUCUGAUGGAGAGCAAGCCCUGAAUAAGUCUUUGGCUGGGUGGCUACUGGAAAAUGCCUGAAAAAAAUCCAAAGAUGCACCACUCUUCGCUUCAUUCCUCUUUGAAAAGGAGAUAGGAAGAACACAGAUACGUAAUGUAAAAUCCAAUUAAUGAAUGUUCAAGUAAUUGUCAGCAUUUAAAAGACUGAGGUGAAAGUCAAAAUAGCUGUGCUGUGCUUUGUGAUACUGUGCACAUGGUAUGUUUAUCCAGUCCAUAAUUGAUAGUGUCCACCCACGCAUAACUUGUAUUUACUGCUGUGUUCAGACCAUUGAAAUAAUUAUGAAAAAAUACCUUGCCUAUGACAGUAGUUCAGAGGAGACAGUCUCAGGCAUGAUAUUCAGGAUUCCUGCUGUACCAGGAUAGCUCUUUUUCCCAUUUGUGUGUGCUGUAUUCACAGUAGGACUAAGAGAGCUUAUGUUCUAGAAAAAUCUGUUCCAAAAAAUCCUACUUCAGACAAUGGUAAAAAUCAUAGGUCUUGGCCAGGUGUUUUGUGCCCAAGGGCAGAAUUACCAGGAGGAAAAUUGCAACUUGUCCAAGCAGACCUUUAGUGCAGUCCGGCUUCAUAGCUGCCUUUAUCAGGUUUAACUGCCUAUGAAGUUGUGAGAGUCUGGUCUGAAACUGAGGUGCAAGUACACAUUCCCUUUUGCUGACCAGAGAACUGGUAACUUGUGGUAGAAGGGCAGAGUGGGCAGCUGAGCAUAAUUUAAUUAAAAACUUUGGCAAAGUUUCCUGAGUUUUGCCAAUCAAGUUUAAAUUGUUAAAUUUCUUCCUGAAGCUUCUUGUAUGUGAACGCUUUAACAGACAUUAAUUUUGAGUCUGAAGAAUUUGUUUGUUGGUCUCUGUUGUGGUUUAACCCCAGUAGGCAGAUAAGCACCCCACAGCUGCUUGCUCACUUCCCCUUCAGUGGGAUGGUGGGGAGAAUUGGAAAGGUGAAAGUGUGAGAACUUGUGGGCCGAAAUAAAUACAGCUUAAUAAGUAAAGAAAAACUGCACUUGCAAACAAAGCAAAAUAAGGAAUUCAUUCAUUACUACCCAUCAGUAUUUCCAGCAAAGCAGGGUUCCAUCAUGCGUAAUAGUUGCUUGGGAGGACAAACGCCAUGACUCCAAAUCCCCCCCCUUGCUGCCUUUACUGCAGCUUUAUUCCUGAGUGUUACGUCAUCUGUAUAGCAUGGAGUAUCCCUCUGGCCAGUUGGGGUCAGCAGUCCUGGCUGUGUCCUCUCACAGCUCCUUGUGCACCCCCUGCUCGCUGUCAGGGCAGCACAAGGGGCUGAAAAGUUCUGGGCUCUGUGUAAGCAGUGCUCUGCAACAACAAAAACAUCAGUGUGUUACCAAUAUUGUUUUCAUCGCGAAUCCAAAACAUAGCACCCUGUGAAACUCUAAGAAGAAAAUUAACUCCAUCCAAGCCAAAACCAGGACAGCCUCACACACAGAUAUGUUAAAAAUGGCAAAUAGAUGACCAAAAUUCUCAGAGCAAAAAGAUGCUAUUUGACCAGUCUAAUUAUUUAUUUCUUACCUUCCAUAUAUGAGUUUCCUUGUCAGUAAUGAAGAGAAUUUUGUUACUUGUUGCGAACUUAAAUGUUAGCAAGGAAGGCUAAUUAAAACAUAAAGGAGAAAUUUGUUGCAAAUAGAUUUUUCGUUUUUCUUAAGUACCUUUGCUGAUUUUUUUCAAGGCACUUUUACUGAAGUCAUUUUAGCAAAUCUAAUCAUGUUUCUUACUAGUGCUGCCGACUUGCAUUCCUAUCUGAAGGAAAAUCUGGAUCUUUAUCCUGUGGUUUGAAAGUGCUUUUUGGGUUUUGUUUGUUUAUACAUCCUUUGCUUAGAAAAAGACACAUGCUAGUAAUUACAAGGCUGCCACCUCAAAAUUCAAAUCACUUGCAAGAGAAUCAUGGAGUUUUGCUUAUUUUGGAUGAGCCACAGAAUCUUAAUGGCUUUGUCACAGGGAAAUACACUGUUGGUAUGUUGUAUGAGUUUCAGGGUUGGAUCCUAAAUGAAAAGAAAUGAAGUCUCUAAAUCUGUUCAUGAAUUUUAGUGCAAUAUGGACAACUGAUUCCUUCUGCCCUCCGAAAUUACUGUAAGGUGUCACACUGGUAAUCUCGAGAGCACUUUUCUUGCAAUGUUUUUGUGCGUCAGGAAGGUAUUCUGCUUGUCAUUGAAGGUCUUUUUAUAGAGACCUGGUUUGUUUUAGUCUUCAUUUGUCAUCUGGAUUUCAGAAGGGACCCUGUCUUGGAUCUCAGAGUUUACCUUUCAAACUGAGGUAAAGAUUUAUAUAUACAAAUGUGUGUUCACACAUGCGUGCGUGCACACGCAUAGGUAUGUGUAUGUAUCUGUAUUUGUAUUAGAUCUCACCUAUAUGAACUUGCAACAUACAUUUUUACUGCUAACUUAAAAUUCCAUGUUAUUCACAUAGUUUUAUUACCUCACUUCAUGUAUCAUUUCACUGAUUGAAAGAUCUAUGUAUGUCAUAUGACAAAGACAAAAAAAAAAAAAAA